UGGUGAAAGUGUAAAACAUAGGACAGGAAUUGAGAAACCCGUAGAAGGCUAGAGAAUGAACUCGUUGCGGAAUCGCCUCUCGGCCGUUUUCACUCGUCCCAGUGCUCCCCUGAACUCAGUGAGUUGGGAGCUCCAACAAUGCCGCGGAAUCCGAGUGAAGGUCUAUAACAACAAUCUGGAGAGAGCAUUGGCGGUGAUGCAAAGACUGAUGCAGUCCAGCGGGGUUGAACGGAUCAUAAAGCGCCAGCAGCCUCGCCAUAUCAAGAACUGCGAGAAGCGGGUACUCGCUAAGAAAGCCCUCCAGCGUAAGGUCCGCUCCCAAGAACUCGCUCGCAAGCUCAAAUCCAUCCUCGUCAAGAAAGUCAGGGGUCUGUAAUAGGAGUAAAAGAGAUAUCCAUCUGCAUUCGUGGUGACAGCCAAUCUCCAUUUUGAUGCGGUUUAUUCAAUGGCUUAAAUUAUAUUAUGCAGAACAGUGGUGAAAAGCGAAGACUGCUAUCAAAUCUGUAAUUUGUUAUAUAUCCUCACUGCUAAAAGUGCAUGGGUGGAUUUGAGCAUUCUUGACAGUGAAUUUUGCAGGACUUUUUAUACUGAUUUUCCUGUCUUGAAUAUUUCAUAAAAUUUUUAGAGAUGUAUUUCUCUAGCUACCUACUUUAUCAUUUGCUAUUAGCCUUUGAAGUUUGGGGAUAUCUUUGUAGCAAUCGCCUAUGAUAAAAUCUAACAGUCUAAACAUUUUUGUAUUUGUUACCUCCACAGAAACUUGUGAAAGAUAUUCCAUAAA